GUGAGUUUUAAUUGAUAGGAGUUUAAAUUAGCAGUGAAAACGACUAUAAGACAAGUAAUCUGAACACAUGUAAAUUCGUACAAUGUUUAUUUACUAGAAUUAUAAACGUUUCCGGCUACUUAUUUCUAGAAAUAAUAAUACUCUUUAUAAAAAUGUGCAACAUUAAAGUCUCAAGUAAUAGACGAAGUCAAUGUUUAAAAGAAAUAUUGAACUUUUCUUAAUCGUGACCGAAACUUGAAAAAAAUAAAUAAAAUUAUUUCUUUGAGGUUAUCUUCAAGAAGUCAAAUUUUGUGCAUUUGUUUUGGUAGUAAUAUUCGUCUAAAAUGAGUUCUAAAUCUGAAGAUUUUGUAGGAGAAACUUGGGACUAUUGUCUCGCUGAUUCACUUGUGAAAUUAGGUUCUGGAUUAGCAGUUGGAACAGUGCUUUCUCUUGUCAUGUUUAAAAGAAAGAAAUGGCCUAUAAUAUUUGGUAUGGGGGCUGGUCUUGGAAUGGGCAUUUCAAAUUGUCAGCAUGCUUUCAGAGAUCCUCAUCUAACUAAAAUGUUGAAUUAUAAGUUAAAAGAAAAAGAUACUAAAAGUGAAAAGAAGGAAUCUUAGAAAGAAUAUCAUAGUUGCAAAUUAUAAUAAAUUUAUGUUUUAAUAAUAUUGUUUGUAGUGUUUUGUAAUGUUAUAAAUAAAUAUUUAACGUAUAAA